CGUCACGCCAAAGCGGAAGUUGAUGCGGACAAGAAGAGGCUUGACAGUUUCAUAGUUUUGGGCGAGAAGUGAGUCCGACCCUGGUGACUUCUCCCGUCUGAGGGAGCGACAUGGAGGUGCCCUGUUAUUUGCCCAAACUUCUGUAUGAGUUGAAUGAGCAGAGAAAGCGAGACUUCUUCUGUGACUUCAGCAUCCUGGUGGAGGGCCGGGUGUUCAAGGCUCACCGCAAUGUGUUGUUUGCAGCCAGUGGCUACUUCCGGGCGCAUCUUGUUCGCUACUUACAGGACAACAGUCAGCGCCACAGCACGGCUUCACUGGAUAUCGUCACUGCCGACGCCUUCUCCAUCAUCCUGGACUUCAUGUACUCUGGCCGUCUGGCCCUGAACCGAAGCAACGUCAUCGAGGUGAUGUCAGCUGCCAGUUACUUACAAAUGACUGACCUGGUCAGCUUCUGUAAAGGAUACAUCUGCUCAUCCUUGGAGAUCUGCAACAAAGGCAAAGACGAGACGAUGGUGAAGCCUGAUCAGGACAGGAGAACACGUCCGGCGGACAGCGGCUCGUCUGCUUCUACAACAAGUGCUGCAGCAGGUGGUGCAAAGUCUCAGUCAGAGGACGGCGAUGAUGGAGGGUCGGGGGUCGCGAUGGAACCUACUAGUUUGUCUAGAACUCCCUUGUCGAUUCCAGCCGCGACCCCUCCUGGCACAAGUGGAGACAGCGACUACCACUCCAGAGAGGACCUGGUGUCGGAUCGGGAGAGGCCAAAAGUUCACAUGGAUCAAACCAAUCUCUCAUCCUCGUCGUCUUCUGAUCCUCCAGAGUUGGUCAACCCUAAAAUCGAAUAUGACCCGGACGAAGAACUGAUGGACACCAAGCACAUAUCUUCGUACGCCGGUCCAACCCAUCCCCACAGUGGGCUUCGCCACUCGAGCAACUCCCCGUCCAAUGAGCGCUCGCCUUUACGGUACAGCCACUCCUACAACUCCAGGCAUCUGAUGGAGAUACUGGCGAGAGCGGGCGGCACGAGUCCUUCUGAGGACAGAGGGGGGCAGUGCUUCUCUCAAGGGCAAAGUGGCAACGCAGGAGGCGGCAGGAUGGAUGACGGGUUGGGUGUUGUUGGCUCGUCCGUCAUGGAGAUCCAGGCCGAUUGGUUUGGAGAAGAUGCAGGUGAUGGUCUGCUGGUUUCGGUUAAGCUUCACACAUGCCCCUUCUGUCCUUACACCACCAAGCAGAAAGGGAUCAUGAAGAGGCACAUCCGCUGCCACACAGGAGAGAGACCUUUCCCCUGUCCCAUUUGUGGUAAAAGGUUUACAAGGCAGGAGCAUCUCCGCAGCCAUGCUCUGACGGUGCACAGAGACAGCUGGCCGGUCUCUUGUAAGAGCUGCCGGCAGACUUUCACCGGAGCCAGCGUCUCACCGAGCCUGCGGCGCUUCCGUAUCUGCGACAGCUGCAACUGCGUCACCACCACUCACAGUGACUCGACCCAAGUGCUGCCCAGUCACCCGGAGCCUGUGGAGCGUGGCGUCGGCUCCACAGACUGGUCCAGUUUCAUGGAUGAGGUGGACGAGGUGGAGGUGGGCCGAGUGGAGGACUUGGUGCAGAAGCAGGUGGUGGACAGAGGACUGGCUGAGGCACAAGCGCUAUGAGUCAGAACCUUCCAUGUUCACUUCUACGAUGCCAAUCACUCAUCAUUGCCAAAAAUAUAAUGUCACUCGCUCCCUAUUGUAUGUUGUGUUUAUCUAGUUUUGGCUCAUGUUUGUCGGGUCUUAUUGCAGGAACGAGUUAAACAAAAGUGUUGCACAUGGUUAAUAUGAAAUCUACAUUCAAAUGAUUUGUGUGCUUCUGUUUUUCAUUAUUCUACACUUGUCACUGUUAUUUCCAAAUAAUGAUAAAUUCAAGUACACAUUUAUAGCCAAGAUCUAGUUUUUUUAAGGACUUAUUUUUAAGUGAAAUCCAUCUUGUUUCUUCGCAACAGUUAAUGAAAUAUAUUUACGCUUUCCUUUUGAAAUAUAAUAGUGUUGGUGUUUUUGACCAAGAAAAUAGGUUAAAAUUGAGAUACAUAACGUUUAAUGACAAUAAUUUAGAGAUAUUCGUUGACGCAUGUAUUAUGAAUCAAGUUGUUAUCGUUUUUACACCGUGCUGCC